AUGUCGAUUCGAAUUGAAGGAUUGAAUCCAAGAAAGCUUGAUGAUGAAGCACCACCGGAUUUGCAGAACAAGUGUGGAAAUUGUCCUUGCAACAACCCAUGUAACCAAGCCCCGCCACCUCCUCCACCACCUUCACCACCACCUCCACCGAAGAUUAAGCCACCAAGCAACUACUGUCCACCUCCCCCCAGCGGCGGUGGCGGCGGCCAGUACCCUCCAAAUCCUCCUUACAUAUACAUAAAUGGUCCGCCGGGAAAUUUGUACCCUGUUGAUCCUUACUAUUCGGGUGCUAGCCGGAGGUUCUCUCUGCGAUUGCCAUUUUUUAUCAGCGCUGUAUUGGGAAUCCUAGCUUUCAUUUGA